CUUUCCUUACUGAGUGGUGGGAAGGACAGCUGUUACAAUAUGAUGCAGUGUGUUGCUGCUGGGCAUCAGAUUGUUGCUUUAGCCAAUUUAAGACCUGCUGAAAACACAGGGCAGACUGAUGAAUUGGACAGCUAUAUGUAUCAGACAGUAGGACACCAUGCCAUUGACCUAUAUGCUGAUGCUUUGGAUUUGCCACUCUAUCGUGGUUUCAUAAAGGGUACCAGUGUAAAUACUGGAAGAGUGUAUACCACAUGUCAGGAAGAUGAGGUUGAAGACCUUUACCACCUCUUGAAACUUGUUAAGGACAAAGAAGGAGUGGAGGGUGUAUCUGUGGGAGCAAUUCUUUCUGACUACCAGAGAGUUCGAGUUGAAGAUGUAUGCAGAAGGCUUAAUCUUCAGCCUUUAGCUUACCUUUGGCGUAGGAACCAGGAAAUAUUGCUUAAAGAAAUUAUAUCAUCUAACGUUCAAGCCAUAAUCAUAAAAGUGGCAGCUUUUGGGUUAGACCCGGAUAAACAUCUUGGAAAAUCUCUGGAUCAAAUGGAGCCUUAUCUUUUGGAGCUUUCUGAGAAAUAUGGAGUCCAUGUUUGUGGAGAAGGUGGAGAAUAUGAAACAUUCACUCUGGACUGCCCUCUAUUUAAGAAGAAAAUAGUUGUAGAUACAGCCAAGGUCAUUGUGCAUUCGGCUGAUGCAUUUGCACCUGUGGCUUACCUUCAUUUCUUAAAAUUACACCUGGAGGAUAAGGCAAAAUCUUCAAGUGCGUUUCUGGUCAAUAGCUGUUCUUGUGAGAAAAGCUGCAAUGGGGAUGUUUCCCCGUCAUCAGAAGAGGAUGAACCGCAGAAAAACAUUCCAGUCAUCUUGAAGUCUUUGAAACACAAUUCUUUGGAUAUCACUAAGACAUUUCGAAGUUCAGGAAAAUCUCUGAAUGGUUACCAGUGGUUUUCAGGUAUCACUGUCCACUUCCUUCCAUCAACAGGCAAAAAUGCUCAAGAGGUAGCAAGGGAAACAUUUUCUUCUCUCCAAGCUAAUAUGACUUCAGAGGGAUUGAAACUAAAGGAUAUUAUUUUGGUUCAUCUGUAUGUGAAAAACAUGGAAGAUUUCGAUGUUAUAAAUUCAGUUUAUGUGACAGAAUUUGAUUUGUGUCCACCAGCAAGAGUGUGUGUGGAAACCCUGUUACCUGAUGGAGUACUGUUUUGCAUUGACUGCCUUGCACAUAAGCAUGACAUGGCAAUGGAUGAUGUGUUUCGUGAUGAAAAACUGGUCAUGCAUGUACAGAGUAUUUCCCACUGGGCACCUGCUAACAUAGGACCUUACAGUCAGUCCAUCAAGGUUGGAGAUGUGCUCUACUGUUCUGGACAGAUUGCUCUAGUACCUUGUACGAUGCAGCUUGUUAGUGGUGGCAUACAGACUGAGGCCAUAGUUUCCAUUCGACAUGUUGAGCGAAUUCUUCAAGCUAUGAGCCAGAAGACUGUGCUCCACCACGUCAUCACAGCCAGCUGCUAUGUAACUGACAGGAAGCACAUUCCUAUUGCUCGCUCUGUAUGGCGGAAGAAAUUACAAGAAUGUAAAAAGGUUGAAGAUUCAGAGACAUACCAUGAUGAAACUGCAGUGUGUGGGUUGCUUGCUGUGGUUGUAGUAUCUCACCUACCCAGAGAUGCUGCCAUUGAAUGGCAUGUUGUUGCAGUAGUUGAUGAUCCACUCAAAAGAAAACAUUUUGCAAAUAAGGUGUUGUCAGAGGGCUUCCAAAUUGAGUGUGAAUCUGUGGAGUCUCGUUCUGCAUCUUGUGGAUCCAUCUCUAUACGUCUGAGCUUGAUUUCACCAUCCGCUUCUCAGCUUGAUUUAGAUGGACCUCUUCAAGACUUAGUUGCUAUGUUUAGACAAGCUGUUAAUAAACUUUCAGAAGACUGCAGUGCUAGUCCUUUGUCCUUCAGAACUUUCUUCAAGGAGGAUGUCUUUGAUGCUGAAACACUACAAACAGGACUGCAAGAAUACCUUGAAACAUUUUUGGGCAGUAAGACCCCAGCUCUCAUUUUAGUCCCUGUGGUGGAUUUACCUGGCAAGGAAGUUAUUCAUAUAACAUGCUGGCUAAGCUAGUUGUUUAAAAGCGAUGAGUUGAUACCAAAGCACACAUUCCAUCCAGAAGAGAACAAAGAAAAGAAUUUAUCAUAACUGUGUUGAAUGCUUUCAUUAAGCUGUAUUGUUUCAUUUAAGCAAAGUCAUAUUUAGCUUGUUAAUGAUGCCUGAUAAUAUGUGACAAAAUCAGCUUUGUAUGAUCAAUAAAUGUUUCUUUUCAAAAUAU